CAUGAACACAAACAAAAUCUCAUUGCAAGGCAGCAUUGCAGCGAGUUCGGACGGUUCAGAUAGGUGACACAUCAUAACUCAAAAAGAAUUUUCUUCUGAAAUUAAGGUUUGGAAUUUCCACUGUGACCAUCAAAAUGUAUUGUUCUUUGAUUCUAGUUCUCUCUCUCUUGAAAUCUGCAGCUGGAGCUGAAAUCGUGUAUGAUUAUGAUUCGGCUGACUAUGGUGUUACUACAUGGGCUACGAGGUAUCCUAACUUCUGUAACGGAACUAAACAGUCUCCUGUCGAUAUCGUUAACGCAAUGCCCAACAGAAAUCUUGGCAACAUUAAGUUCGACAACUACAUGCAAAACAAUGUGACUGUUACUGUAACAAAUAACGGUCAUACAUACGUGACGUCAAACAUCAGUAACUAUUACCCAGUCCCCUUUAUCAGUGGUGGUGGAUUACCAGGGACAUAUCAACUAGCUCAAUUUCAUUUUCACUGGGGUGAUGACUCAACUAAAGGAUCAGAACAUACGGUGAAUGGAAAGAUGUAUGCAGCAGAGCUUCAUUUGGUUCAUAUGAACAUGAAAUAUUCGAAUCUCACAGAAGCUGUAGGAAAGUCAGAUGGUCUUGCUGUUUUAGGAAUAUUUAUUGAAGAAGGAGACGCCAACCCUUAUUAUGACUUUAUCAAUCUCACAACUUAUGACGUCACUUAUCCAGGUAACACCAGUACCACAGUAAUAAAAUCGUUGAUGGGUCUACUCCCCAGAGAAAAGUCAUUUUAUCGUUAUUACAAUGGAUCUCUCACGACGCCAACGUGUAAUGAAGUCGUUACUUGGACUGUCUUCAACGAACCCAUAACUUUUUCUCACUCACAGCUUGAGCAACUUCGUGGUAUGAAAUACUUUACUUUCAAUAACACAGUGGCUCCUCUUGUGAAUAACUACAGACCUGUUGAACCUCUCAAUGGUCGUAUGGUCCAUUUCGUGCAUGGUGGUACUUCAACUGUAACUACAACUGUGAUUCAAACCUCAACUACCACUGUGUCUUCAACUGCCACUGUGUCUUCAACUGCCACUGUGUCUUCAACUACCACUGUGUCUUCAACUGCCACUGUGUCUUCAACUGCAACUGUGACAGUUUGUCCAACCAUGUCGAGUACAACUAGUGGUGUUGUCAGCCACGUUCAUCGGAACGUUUUCGUAUACUUCGUCAGUUUAAUAAUUGUCACGCUAAUGUUCCUGCAAAAUUAAACAUCGCGUCUUUACUGUAGAGACUAAAUUAGCUGCUUAAAGUAUUUUGUACAGAAUUAAUACACUCCCAAGUCAUCCUUACCAAACAACGUCAUGUAAUCGCAUCGACUUAUUUGAAAUAGUCGCCAUGUAUAUCGUAAAAUGUAUAGCACUAAAUAUGUAGAAAAUUUUUGUGUGAAAAAAUAUAGUAUGCAUAACA